UGAGCAGGAGAAGGAAGCGCCUAACCAGGGGGUCGGGCUCGUGCACGAGUCGAGGGCAGGACGCGGAGGGGUGUCGGCAGCGCCGCCGCCGCUGGACGGGUCAGGAAUCGCGGCGUGGGCAGGCCCUGCGGCCGCGCACGGCGCCACAUCAGGGGGCGCGACAAGACGGCUUUCGGAUGGACGGCCGUGGAGCGGCGGCGGUGUGGCCGCGCCGCGCUUCCCAUGAUGGCGGAGGAGAGGUCGAGGGCGUGGGCUCCCCGGUCCACUUCUCGGAGAGCAGGUUCCUGCAGCGGCUGCUGUGCCAGGCCCGGCAGGGCAGCGGCCUGGGCGACCCCGCGGGCGGCGAGUGCCACGACCGGGCCCUCGCCAGCCUGGAGGCCAUGGGCUUCGACCGCGAGGUGGCGCAGGUGGCCCUGCACGUCUCGCGCGGCCGCGAGGACCAGGCCCUGCAGCUCUGCAUGGCCGGCCUGUCGUUCGUGGGCGCCAGCGGCGAGGGCGCGCUGUGCGACCGCGCGCCGCCAGCGCCUCUCCGGUGCUACGUCUGCGGCCUGGGCCACCUGUCUCGAUGCUCGCUGGACUGCCACCUGCGGAGCUGCCGCCGCCGCUUCGAGCAGCGCGAGGCGCGCAGGCCCGCCGGCGAGCGGCGCGCGCUGCUCGGCGAGGAGGAGCUGGCGCCCGGCGCCCAGACGAUCGAGGAGCACUACCUGCGGCUGGCCUGGCCGGAGCCGGCGGGCUCGGGCGGCGGAGCGCGGCCGUCGGGCUCGGCAGGGGGCGCGGGCAGGGCGGCCUCCGCGGGCGCGGCGGCGGGGCCGCAGAGGGCGCCCGUGCAGCUGCUGCCGUGCGAGUUCUGCGCGCGGACCUUCCUGCCGGGGCGGCUGGAGGCCCACCAGAAGGCCUGCGUCCAGCGGCCGAGGCACGUGGCCCCGGCGCCCUCGCCCGCCGCGAGGUCCCCCGCGCCGGCGUCGCCCGCCGCCGUGCGAGCGUUCAGGUCCUUCUGCGAGCAGCUGGAGCGGUGCCCAGGCUGCCAGAGGCAGUUCAGGCCCGAGGUGCUGAGGUCCCACCGCGAGCGCUGCCCGCCCUGCCAGCGUCCGCCGGGGGCGCGCCCGUCGCAGCUGGUGCGCAGCACGGGGCGCCGCCACUCCCAGCCGGUGCCCGCGGCCGCGCCGCGCGCGUCCUUCGCGCCGCCCGCCCGCGGCGCGCCCGCGCCGAAGGCCAGCACGCCCGAUGCAGAGGUCUGCACCUCUGAGGCGCUGCUGGCAAAGGGCCUGCUGCUGGCCGCGGGGGAGGAGGACGCCGCGGCGCUGCGAGCGGAGCUGGAGCUGAGCCUCCCCGGCGCCGAGUUCGUGAGCGCCUUCCAGGUGGCGGGCCCCGCGGUGAGCAGCGGCGUGUACGAGGCCCUGCGGGCGAGCAUGCAGGACUGCGGCGGCGGGGGGCCGCCCGCAGAGCGCGAGCUGUGGCACGGCACGGCGUGGGCCGCGGUAUCCUGCGCGGGGGCUACAACCGCAGCUUCGCGGGGCGCCACGGCACCCUGCUGGGGGUGGCCACCUACUUUUCCACCGACCUGGCGUACUCCCAGCGCUUCUGCGACCGCGCAGGCGGCGCGAACGGCACGAAGGCCGCCUUCCUGUCGCGAGUGCUGGUCGGAAGGC